AUGGUUCUUCAAAAGGUGGAACUGCACACUCCUAUGUCUCCUUUAGAUGAGUCAGGACAAACUUUUAACCCCGGCCAGACAGGAUCAACGCCCGCUCCUCCGCCCGAAGCAUUUAUUGAAGAUGGACCACUGGCCUUCUGCAACCCCUUAAGAAUAAGGCACCGAAGGGGGUGGUUCAGAUCCGGAGAGAACCGGUUAAACCUUCAGAGACUACAAGGGAGGGAGCGCGAGAGCGAUUCACCUUUUACAAGUGUACCUGUUCGAGAAGAAAUGAUGGGAAAAUACUCUAAUCUUUCCUCAGAGAGUCAUAACAUAUCGCUAACUGAACAUUCCAGCAUGCCAGUAGAAAAAAAUAUCACUUUGGAAAGUUCUUCCAUUAUUACUCUCACCUGUCAGUACACAACCUUAGGGAAUCUGAAUUCAAUCAACGUGACUUGGAAAAAGGAUGAUGAGCUGCUUAAGAAUUUUUCUCUCGCUAUAACAGGAAACACUCUGUAUACUGAGUACACGACCACCGUCAUCAACAGCAAACAAAUGGGAAGCUAUUCUUGUCUCUUUGAAGAUGAAAAGGAACAAAGGGGAACAUUUAAUAUCAAAGUUCCGGAACUUCAUGGAAAAAACAAGCCGUUGAUCACUUAUGUGGGUGACUCUACUGUCCUGGUGUGUAAAUGUCAACAUUGCUAUCCUUUACACUGGACCUGGUACAGAAGUAAUGGGAGUAUACAGGUUCCUAUUGAUGUUCACACGAAGGAGAAGUACGUUGUCAGCGGAGCAUACAGGAAUGAAACAAAGCUCAAGAUAAAGCACCUUCUGGAAGAAGACGGGGGUUCCUACUGGUGCCAUGCGGUAUUCCAGCUGGGCGAGAGCGAGGAGCAGCUGGAGCUUGUUGUGCUGAGCUUUUUGGUGCCCCUCAAACCGUUUCUUGCAAUAAUUGCUGAAGCUGUUGUUUUAGUGGCUGUUAUUCUGCUGUGUGAAGUGUACACACAAAAGAAAAAGAAGCACCCAGAUGAAGGAAAGGAAUUUGAACAAAUUGAGCAGCUGAAGUCAGAUGAUAGCAACGGUAUAGAAAAUAAUGCCCCCAGGCAAAGAAAAAAUGAAUCUGUGAGUCAGUGAAUGGAAAAGAGCACCUCAAGCGCCAUGGGAAGAUGUACACAGACUGUGAUUCAGCUUUUAAGAGAAUCUAAGUUUUUAUUUUUUGAAAGAUAAAAAGUUGGGAAGGGGAUUUAGCUCACUGAUGCUGCACCUGCCGUGUGCAAGGUCCCGAGUUUGGUCCCCAGUACCAAAAAAAUGGAAAGUGUAUGCAACCUGCACAUCAGUAGCUUCGUAAAUAAUUUAUGCUAUCUCAAAUCUAAAGUUAUAUUUUAAUUGUGUAAUUGUUUUAUACUAAAGCAAGGUGUAAACUGUGUGAAAUAUGUUCUGUGAGCUGUAACUCAAAAUAAUUUUGUCUUGGUCUUCAAGGGACAUCAGCAAAAUCAGUAGCAGAAAAGCCACCAGCAAAAUCAGUUAUAGUUCAUAGAACAAGUGUCACUAAAGACCUGUUUAUAACCAAAGAACUUAUUAAAAAGAAAGUCUUUACCAUUUAUCUUAAAAAGUUUUCUUCUAGUCAUGCUUAGUAUGUGUAGAAUUUUAUGUAACGUUCAUUAUUCUGAUACUGAAAAACUAUUUUUGUUAGGAAUUGAAUACUUUGUGCUUUUUCUAGUGCUAGUUACAAUCUCUACAAGUAAGACACGUCUUUCAUCCACAAAUAAUGGCUUAAGGCAAGGAAAUAAACAUUGUUUUUAGCUGGGUAUGGUGGUGUACACUU